UUUCCUCUCUCCUCUCUCACACACACACACACGUUGCUCUCUCUUCCAUCAUCUGCGUCCCUGUCGUUUUCGCGGAAGCCUUGGCCUUGCAUAAAUCCAAGCUUCUGAAAACUUUCCUCUGCCUCUGCAUGUAUAUCCAUUUGUAACAAUAAAGUGCGCACUAUAAGGAUCUCCGCUUUCUUCUUUUCUGUUACUCUUGGUUUUCUUCUUUAGCUUCGACGACCAGCCAUCUUUCCUGAGAAUGGACUCUGCAACCUUGGCAACGAGAGCUUCCACUUGGGCUUACUUUGCCAGGAUUUCGAACCCCAGCGCUAACCGUAGAUCUUCUUCUUGCUUGAAAGCCUACCGAGAGAAAGACACGGGACUGCUUUCCAACUCCAUCAGCUACACUCAAUAUCCAAAUCAUCGUCUUAACUCCUCUUCUCCGUCCUUAACUUCUCCUCUCAAAUCCAACGCUCGGAACCCCAGCUCGUUUGUCUCCUGCUCAGCACUGACUGAAACUCCUUUAGGGACUUCUGACUAUGCCAUCUCUAGGCUUCAACGCCUUGUAUCCGAAUUCCUGUCUCUUUCCGAGCCGAUUGAUCGCGUUAAACGGCUGUUGCAUUACGCGACUCUCCUUCCUCCCUUCGAUGAGUCCAGGCGUGUCCCGGGCAAUCGAGUCAUGGGAUGCACUGCGCAGGUUUGGUUGGAUGCCUCUAUGGAUGAGUGCGGGAGGAUGAACUUCUCCGCCGAUAGUGAUUCAGAGAUCACCAAGGGGUUCUGUUCGUGCUUGGUUUGGAUCCUCGAUGGAGCGUCUGCGGAAGAAGUAUUGGCGUUAAACACCGAGGAUUUGGCUGCGCUCAAUGUUGGGUUGCCUGGCCGCGCUCAUUCCAGGGCGAACACGUGGCACAACGUGUUGAUCACUAUGAAAAAGAGGACUAAAGCUCUCCUUGCUGCGAGACAGGGGAAGCCUCCCAUCGAUCCUUUCCCAUCUCUGGUUGUUACAGCCGACGACAUCAAUGCCAAAGGGAGCUAUGCUGAGGCUCAGGCAAGGUUUUUGUUCCCUGACCAGUUAAAGGUUAACGAACUUGUAGAUGUGCUAAAGGAGAAGAGGAUUGGUGUAGUGGCACACUUUUAUAUGGAUCCAGAGGUCCAAGGGGUCUUAACUGCUGCACAGAAGCACUGGCCUCACAUCCAUAUAUCUGAUUCAUUAGUUAUGGCAGAUAAGGCUGUCAAGAUGGCAGAAGCUGGAUGCCAAUUUAUUGCAGUUCUGGGUGUAGAUUUCAUGUCAGAAAAUGUGCGUGCAAUCCUUGAUCAGGCUGGUUUUGAAAAGGUUGUUGUGUAUAGGAUGUCAGAUGAACGCAUUGGUUGCUCAUUGGCAGAUGCAGCAGCCAGUCCUACAUACAUGGGCUUCCUCAAGGCAGCUUCAUUGUCACCCCCUUCAUUGCAUGUUAUCUACAUUAACACUUCACUAGAGACAAAAGCGUGUGCCCAUGAACUUGUGCCAACAGUCACCUGUACUUCUUCUAAUGUUGUACCAACUAUUCUGCAGGCUUUUGCACAAAUACCAAAUUUACAUGUAUGGUAUGGCCCAGAUUCCUACAUGGGAGCAAACAUUGCAGAGUUGUUUCAACAGAUGGCUAGCAUGACGAAUGAAGAAAUUUCUGAGAUACAUCCAGCACAUAAUAGAGACUCUAUAAGAUCAUUGUUACCUCGCUUGCAUUACUAUCAGGAUGGUGCAUGCAUCGUUCAUGACCUUUUUGGACAUGAAGUUGUGGAAAAAAUACAGGAAACAUACUGUGAUGCAUUCCUAACAGCUCAUUUUGAAGUCCCAGGAGAAAUGUUUUCCCUCGCAAUGGAAGCAAAAAAAAGAGGAAUGGGAGUGGUAGGAUCCACCCAAAACAUACUAGAUUUCAUCAAAGCAAGAGUCCAGGAGGCAUUGGACAGAAAUCUGGAUGACCACCUUCAGUUCGUUUUAGGAACAGAAUCAGGAAUGGUGACCUCAAUUGUUGCAGCAAUUCGCAAACUAUUAAAUUCCACUGAAUUCCCAUCUGGAAGAGCAAACAUCAACGUUGAAAUUGUAUUUCCCGUUUCAUCAGAUUCAUUGUCAAGGACAUCAAAGGAUACAUCACAAGGCCUUAAUUCUGUUGAAUCAAGACAUCAACUUACACUCAGAGUGGUUCCUGGUGUUUCUAGUGGGGAAGGGUGCUCUCUUCAUGGAGGCUGUGCAUCCUGUCCAUAUAUGAAGAUGAAUUCACUUAGCUCACUACUGAGAGUUUGCCACCACCUACCUGAUGACAAGAAUAUCCUUUCAGCCUAUGAAGCAGGACGAUUUAGUUCACAAACCCCACUUGGAAAACCUGUUGCAGAUGUUGGAUGUGAACCUAUUUUGCACAUGAGACACUUCCAGGCAACAGGAAAAUUGCCAGAAAAGCUGGUCAACGAAAUUCUUGGGCAAUCUGGCAAUGGGAAAGAAAUGUCUUAAGUUGUAACAAGGCCAAAUACAGAAAGACAAAAGCGUCUGUUUGCGAGGAUCUCCAAAAAGGAACUAGAGCUACCGUAUUUGUUUUGUUGUAUUAUAAGUUGAUGGCUUAUGCAUCUAAACAUGUUGCUGAAUCUGAGGAAUGGGCAGCUAGGGCUGCAAACAGAUGGAAUAAAAUGAGAUAUACUUGGAUCUAAAUUUGAUUCAUUAAUAUUGGGAAUCAUGGGUUCGGAUUAAAAUUUGA